GCACAAGCAUCAACCUCAACUCACUUCACAAUGAAACGCGAGUACCUCCCGGUCGAAUCCCUGCCUGCUUGGCAGCGGCUCAAUGGGAUUGUCGUUCGAGGCAUCGCAGCUCGCAAGGUUGGGUCUGAUCAACAUGGCGCAGACAAAGGCAGUGCCCUCAUCGCAACAGAAGCCCAGAUGAGCAGCGAGAACGAUGCAAAGCCCACAAUUCUCCUACAAAUUCCCUCAGGAUUGGUUUUAUCCCUAGAUACUGUCCAUAAUCAUGCCAAAACCGACAGGUACUUGCGCGACGUGUUGGAGGCAACCGGCGACUUUGGAAGGACAGCUAGAGGAGCAAUCCUCAUAUUCCUACUCCUCCAGCUAACCCAUAGCAGUCCCGAUGUACGCUCAGCACAUGAGACCGUCGGUAUCUCCAAUCCAUGGACCGAAUACGUGAAGUUCCUGCCUCCAUCGUUCCCCCUACCCAUCUUUUACACUCCCGAGGAGCAAGAGCUACUCCGCGGUACGUCACUCGAGGAGGCUCUUGAUGCGAAAUUCUCAUCUCUUGAGCGGGAGUUUGAACACCUCCGCCAGGCUACGGAGAGCAUUGAGUGGUGCCAGCGGAGCUGGUGGGAUGAGAAGACUGGCUCGCUGACAAUUCAUGACUGGAAAUACGUUGACGCUGCUUAUCGGUCGCGCAUGCUGGACCUACCUGGCAGUGGUCUGGCGAUGGUGCCAUGUGUUGAUAUGGCCAAUCAUGGCUCCGGGGAUGGGGUCAAGGCGCUGUAUGAUGCAGAUUCUGAGGGGAACGCUGUUCUUCAAUUACGAUGGGGCAAGGCUCUCCAGCCUGGGGAAGAGGUUACGAUUUCGUACGGCGAUCAAAAGCCCGCCUCCGAGAUGAUAUUCUCCUAUGGAUUUCUGGAAAGCGGCACGACGGAAGCACGGGAAAUAUCCCUCAAUCUAGAUAUCCCAGAGGAUGACCCUCUCGCCAUACCAAAGAAGAUAUUCUGCCAGAACAAUUCUGGAAUUCGUAUCUCAGCCGUGGUGGGCUCUGAACAAGUGACCUGGGAGAGUGACCUAGUUUGGAUAGCAUGCGCCAAUGAAGAGGACGGGCUCCACUUUGGGAUCGCGCAGACAACCGACGGCGGCCGGGAGUUGGAAGUGACCUGGAAAGGCGAAAAGAUACAAUCAGUCAGUCAUCUCCGCGAGCUGCUCGCUGUUGAUCCCUUGUGGGAGAUUUUUCAGCUUCGCGCUGCGGUGCUUCUCCUCGAAAGGCUCGAGACUCAGCUCGCCCUCCUUCAGGAGACGGAGGAGAUCAUCACAAACAUGCACAAGGACAAAGCGGGGUUGGAUUCCAUGUUUCGACCUGGAAUCUUCACCUCGAUUGCCCAACUCCGAAUCUUGGAAGGGGAGCUGUUGGAGAAGGCAGUCGAGGAAUUAAUCAAACAGAGAACAGAACUCCUGGCUUCUGAAACGGUGGCCGAAUAUUUCCGUGCACAGACAGGGGAGCCGGAUGAAGCCGAGGACUUUUCAUGA